GCCCCGCCCCACAGCCAAUCCCCGCAGCCGGCACCGCCCUCGGCCACUGGAUCUCCUCCGCCCGCCCGCGGGCUGUAGUCGCGGAGGAGGAGCCGGUCCCGUGCACCUUGGGGACAGAAGUGUUGGUUUUCAAGCUCCCCUGGAAGUAGAGGACCGCCCCUCCCCCUCCUCCAGCACCACCUCCGCUGUCUGGUAUCCACCUCUGCGGCUCCUACCUGAGUGCUCCCGAGUUAAAUGGCCGAUAAGCAGAUCAGUCUGCCAGCCAAGCUCAUCAAUGGCGGCAUCGCUGGGCUGAUCGGGGUCACCUGCGUGUUCCCCAUCGACCUGGCCAAGACGAGGCUGCAGAACCAGCAGAAUGGCCAGCGCCUGUACACCAGCAUGUCUGACUGCCUCGUCAAGACCAUCCGCUCAGAGGGCUACUUCGGGAUGUACCGCGGAGCCGCCGUGAACCUGACCCUCGUCACCCCCGAGAAGGCCAUCAAGCUGGCAGCCAAUGACUUCUUCCGAUACCAGCUCUCCAAGGACGGGCAGAAGCUGACCCUGUUCAAGGAGAUGCUGGCGGGCUGCGGGGCCGGCACCUGCCAGGUGAUCGUGACCACCCCCAUGGAGAUGCUGAAGAUCCAGCUCCAGGACGCGGGCCGCAUUGCCGCCCAGAGGAAGACCCUAUCUGGCCAGGCCCAGCUUUCUGGCCGGGGGGGUGCCCAGCCCCCCGUGGAGCCUCCAGCUGCACCCCGGCCCACAGCCACUCAGCUGACCCGGGACCUGCUGCGGAGCCGCGGCAUCGCCGGCCUCUACAAGGGACUGGGGGCCACGCUGCUCAGGGAUGUCCCCUUCUCCAUCGUCUACUUCCCCCUCUUUGCCAACCUGAACCAGCUGGGCCAACCGGCAUCUGGGGAGAAAUCUCCUUUCUACGUGUCCUUCCUGGCCGGCUGCGUGGCUGGGAGCGCGGCUGCCGUGGCUGUCAACCCCUGUGAUGUGGUGAAGACCCGGCUCCAGACGCUCCAGCGCGGCGUCAACGAGGACACCUACUCGGGGUUCCUGGACUGCGCCAGGAAGAUCUUGCGGAACGAGGGCCCCACAGCCUUCCUGAAGGGUGCUUACUGCCGCGCCCUGGUCAUCGCCCCGCUGUUCGGCAUUGCUCAGGUGGUCUACUUCCUGGGCAUCGCCGAGACCCUGCUGGGGCUGCCGCGAGUCCAGCCCUGAGCCCGGCAGCCACCCCACGCCCUCCAGCUGAGCGGGACCAGAGUGGGGCCAGAGCCAGGCAACGCACCCGGAUGAUGCGAGAGCCUCUCCCCACAUGGACGUGGGGGUGGGGGGAGAGGAAGGGGUGCAGGGUCCACACGGUGUGCACACGUGGGCCUGGUGGGGUUCUGCCUGCACGACCGCUGGGAUCAAUGUCUUAUGUAGAAAACUCAGAAAUCUUUACAUUCCUGGAGCCAGCCCUGCCCACCUUGGCCCCCCCCGAACACCCCCAGGGACAGAGCUGGUCUCUGGACUGGGGGCCCCCAGGCCUGGGCUGGGCAAGCUGGACCCUCCCUUCCAGUCUACCAGCUCCCGUCCCCGAGGCUUGGCCCCUAGUCCACAGAGGGGACCCUGCACAAACCUAUUUAUUAACUUGCUGAGCACAAGUGGCUUUGUCCAUCCCUCCAUCUGUCCGUCCAGCCUCCCCUGCUGCUGUUCUCGCCUUGGCCAGCCUUGCGGGAGGAUUGGGCUCUCCUGCCCCCCAUAUUGAGCCAGGAAUCCUAGGCUGGGGGUCACCCUGCGUUCUGACUCCCAGGACAGGUUCCCCGCCCCCACCGUGGGACCCAGCCUCCUUCCUGCUAGGCCCCUCGGCCUCCAGCCCAGGCUGGGGACCCAGAGCGUGUGAAGUCGGGGCGCAUGUACGAAUGUUGUGGGGAGUAGCUGGUGGCAGCCCUUUGCUGGCCUGGCCCCUCAGGGAUGGGGCUGCCGGGGAGACUGCUGCCUUUCCCCACGUGGCCAGGCGCGUGCGCGUGCGCGUGUGCGCGUGCGUGCGCGCACAUGUGCUGUGUGUGCCCUAGACUCCCCACUGCCCCCGUCCAGAAAUUCAUUUCUCCGGCCUGCCCGCUCCUGCUGCACCUUCAGUAGACCCCUCUUCGGAGACCACCACCCUGGUGCAGGAUUGGCCCUAGGGGAGGGCAGGCACGAGGACCAGUCUGGAGCCUGGGAGCGUGUGCUCCUCUUGCAGGGUGCCAGGAGCUGCCCCUCCAGUCUUCCCAGUGCCCACAUUGCUCUCUGGGCCUCUGCAUACGGCCCCCCCAACAAUUAGUAAAGCUCCGCCCUCCCAGCGUCCCCCCCCCCCACUGAUAUUGUGAAUGGAGGCAGAGGCUCACCCUGCCCUGCCCUGUCCCCAGCCACGUGAUCGUGUUGGUGAUUGGUCUGACGUGCCGGUGCUGUGUUCCCCCACACCCCGGGCCCCCUCCCUGGAGGCCCCUCCCAGUGACACUACCUGGGGCUCAGGCCUGGGCCCCGCAGUUUGCGGUUGCUCCUGGGAGCUGCCCUCUCCCGUCACAUCUGUACCUUGGAAGCUGCUGCUGCUGCUGCUUACAGAAUUAUAUAUUUUUUCUUUCGAAUUCAAGAGUUUUAAGAAGUUGUAACUUUUUGUGUCUUGUCAUGUAAGAAGAUAAAUAAAUAUUCUAAGUAGA